GAGACGUAUCAAAAAUUCAACAGAAGAAAAAGGCAAAGCUCUUAAAAAGUUUUGUCUCCUUUGUUCUGUUUCUGAAAACAGAGAGCCGAAAACAAGGAAGAAGAAAGAAGAAAGAAGAAGAUGGUAGCAAAAUACGAUCGGGCUAGUGAGGUAAAAGCUUUCGACGAGACGAAAAUCGGAGUGAAGGGUCUCGUCGACGCAGGAACCACAGAGAUCCCUCGUAUUUUCCAUCAUCCGCACCUCAUUUUAACCCCAAAUCCACCACUUUCCUCCUCGACUAUGUUAAUCCCAACAAUCGAUCUCGGAGGUGGCGUGUUCGAAUCCACGGUCACGCGAGAGAGCGUGAUCACGAAGAUCAGAGACGCCGUCGAGAAAUUCGGGUUUUUUCAGGCGAUUAACCAUGGGAUUCCGGUUGAUGUAAUGGAGAAGAUGAAAGAUGGGAUUCGUGGGUUUCAUGAGCAAGACUCAGAAGUGAGGAAGGAGUUCUAUAGCCGAGACAGAACCAGAAAGGUUACUUAUAACAGCAACUUCGAUCUCUAUAGCUCUCAAUCUGCGAAUUGGAGAGAUACUUUAAGUUGUUUUAUGUCCCCUGAUGCUCCAAAAGCAGAGGAAUUGCCAGAAGUUUGUCGGGAAAUCAUGUUGGAGUACUCUGAGAGAGUGAUGAAAUUAGGGGAGUUAAUCUUUGAGCUUUUGUCAGAAGCUUUAGGGCUGAAUCCUGAUCAUUUGAUAGAAAUGGAUUGCACAAGAGGUUUAUUGAUACUCUCUCAUUACUACCCGCCUUGUCCUGAGCCUGAUCUAACUUUCGGCACAAGUCAGCAUUCAGACAGAUCUUUUCUCACCAUUCUUCUUCAAGAUCACAUUGGUGGGCUUCAAGUUCUUCAGAAUGGUUUAUGGGUUGAUGUUCCUCCUGUUCCUGGAGCUCUUCUCGUUAACCUCGGAGAUCUCUUACAGCUUAUAACGAACGACAAGUUUGUGAGUGUGGAGCAUAGAGUUUUGGCUAAUAGAGGUGAAGAUCCGCGCAUUUCGGUCGCGUCCUUUUUCGUGCAUCCUUUACCGAGUUUGCGAGUAUAUGGACCGAUGAGAGAGCUUUUGUCUGAACAAAAUCCUCCCAAGUAUAGAGACACUACAGUUAGUGAGUACACGAGCCAUUACAUGGCGAGAGGACUUGAUGGGAAGUCUCUGUUGCUUCAUUUCAAGAUCUGAUCAAGCUUUGGAGUUUACAAACCCAUAUCAAAAGUAUUCUCGCCUCUAGGGUUUUUUACUUGAUUGUUCUGUAAACUCUCUACGUUAUGAAAGAAGUUUCUUGCGCACUGGAACAAAUAUAGCAUGUUGUAGUAUAUUGGCUAUAAUGAUUGAAAUAUGUUAAGACGAAAAUUGAAUUUCUGAAAAACAUUUCCCAAGCUUCAC